AAUGCGACACGCAGCUCGUUGUUCUGCUAUGAGAGGUCCGUGUGUGUUUGUAAUGUUGGUGAGCGUCCUCCUCCAUCCGGCGGAUCUUUCCCCCGUGGUCGGGCCUGAACCCAUCCGCUGCGCUCCAUGCUCCCCGGAGCAGCUCGCCGCCUGUCCCGCCGUGUCCUCGGACUGUCCCGAGGUCCUGCGAGAGCCGGGCUGUGGAUGCUGCUCGUCCUGCGCGCUGAAGAACGGAGACUCCUGUGGCGUCUACACGGCUCACUGCGGCACCGGCUUGCGCUGCGUCCCGAGGCCCGGCGACCCGCGGCCGCUCCACGCUUUGACCCGCGGUCAAGCCGUCUGCGCAGGGUACGACCAGACGGAAGAGGACACGGACAUCACGUCUGAUCAGGGCUCGCUGCAUUACCUGCUGGGACUCAACAGGCCACUCGACCCGCAGGACGCGGCCGAGGCACAGGAGAGCAUCAAGGCCAGAGUCAACGCCAUCCGACAGAAACUGAUCCAACAGGGUCCGUGUCACACUGAGCUUCACACCUCUCUGGACGUCAUCGCACAAUCACAGCAGACGUUAGGCGAGAAGUUCACGAGCUUUUACCUCCCCAACUGUGACAAGCACGGAUUCUACAAGGCCAAACAGUGUGAGACAUCUCUCGUUGGCCAGCCUCCAAACUGUUGGUGUGUGUCGUCUUGGAGUGGAAAGAGAAUCCCAAACACUGAUUUAUCGGCUGAUUCCCAGUGUCAUCAGGAGCUCAUGCUCUGAAGCCUUCACUCGGCACACACACGCUACUAGAGGACCAUACCCGUAACUUAUAUUUCCUUCCAUACCAUAUCAACACCUAUUUAUUCUUAUGUAUAUGGCUCUUACAUGGUCUUAAUAUUUAUUAGCUAGUUUUAUAUUAACUAGUAUUAUAAGUUGGUCAUAUGACAAGUCUGUAAU